CUAAUUCUAAUUAUAAUUAUAAUUAUAACCAUUAUAAUCUUUAAAAUCUAAUAACAAUGAAUAAAGAACAGAUAUUUUUUGAUGACAAUGGAAAUUUGAUUUCAGUUUUUGAUUUAGAUCCCUCAGUGCUUACAAGAUUUUACAGACAACAGUUAUAUGAGCAAGCUAAAUAUGGUAAAGUAAUUACCAAAACACCAAAUGAUUUACCAUGAUUUAAGUUGAUUUAAGAUGAUUUCAAUUGAAAGGUCA